CAGAGAUAUCCCUUCAGCUCAGUUUUGGGUGUAAGCUGGAAGAGAAGAAGUGUGUUUGUGAGCUCUUUCUGGUGGAAAAUUAUCUACAUCUGCUUUGUGGGACGAGCAUUUGAAAGAAAAAAUGUCUUCUAUGUAUAGCAGCCUUCAUGACAGUUAUGUUUCAAACAAAAGGAGGUCAACCAGCUGUGUGACAUUAGCUGUGGUUUUGGGCUGUCUGAUAGUCCUGGGGAUCCUGCUUGCCAUUGCUGUGCUGAAAAGACCACCACCACACGAAGAUCAUGAGACACUUCCUAAUGAAGCUGUUGGGAGCAAUUUCUCUACGGACCAGUGCAGCAUGACCCUGGUGGAGAGCAUCCCUCAAUAUAUGAAAUUCAAAGCCAAUGUAACGCUUGGGAUCCCUCUGGAAAAGGCCUGGAAAGAUCUUAUCUCCAUGGCAACGGACCAAGUGGACGUGGCCUCUUUCUACUGGACUUUAACUGGGGAAGACAUUAACGUUAACUCUUCCUCUGACAUACCUGGAAGGGAGAUCCUGAAAGAACUCGAAGAGUUGCCCUCCAGAAAUGUUUCUGUCCGAGUGGUGACCAGUGUUCCCAGUGUGAGAACAAACUCCACAGAUUUAAAGAUCUUAAAACGGAAAGGAGUUCAGGUGAGGAAGGUGAACUUUGGUCACCUGACAAAGGGGGUUCUCCACAGCAAGUUCUGGAUUGUUGACAGAAAACAUGUGUUUAUUGGCAGCGCCAACAUGGACUGGAGGGCUCUCACACAGGUGAAGGAACUGGGAGUAGUUGUCUACAACUGCCCUAGUCUAGCAACGGACCUCCAUAAGAUUUUCCAGUCCUACUGGGUGAUGGGACAGUCCAACAGCUCCCUGCCACGGCCCUGGCCUGCAGAGUAUGACACUGCCAUCAACAAACAUCACCCCCUGCUGGUGAAAACUGAUAAUAUCUCCAGCAGGCUGUACCUCACAGGUUCUCCACCAUCAUUCUGUCCUCCAUCGAGGACUCAGGACCUGGAGGCUAUUCUCUCCAUCAUCUCAGAUGCCCAACACUAUGUGGAUGUUGCCGUCAUGGAGUACUUCCCAACCACACGCUUUGAAAAGCCUCAGAGAUACUGGCCUUUCAUUGAUGAUGCCAUUAGGACGGCUGCAUUCGAGAGGAAGGUUAAGAUGCGGAUGCUGAUCAGCUGUGGGCGGGACUCUGACCCAGCCAUGCUGCCCUUCCUUCAAUCUCUAGCCUCAAUGGACAGCCCUCACCAGGAUAUCAGCAUCCAAAUAAAACUGUACAUUGUGCCUGUGGGAAACCAGUCUGAUAUUCCAUACACCAGGGUCAACCACAAUAAAUACAUGGUGACUGAUAAAGUAGCCUACAUUGGUACCUCCAAUUGGUCUGGGGACUACUUUGUGACCACAGCUGGAGUGGGUCUGGUGAUUUCCCAGCAUGCUCCUCACCCUGAAUGGAAGACCAAGGCCCUGCAGGGCCAGCUCAGGGCAGUCUUUGAAAGAGACUGGGACUCUGAGUUUGCUGUGCACCUUGCUGACCUGGGGCACCACCCAGACUGUGCACUAUCAAGAUGACAGAAACUCCUUAUAUGAGUUAAAUAUACAUUUCAUUAUCAAGGCCAUAUUCAAACCAUAGUUUUGUUUAUGUAGCUGUUGUUAUGUUAUCUUUGUCUAAAUCAGCACUUUUGGUAGAUUUUCCCUUGCUAUGAAUGAAAAAAAACAAUAUAAUCAUAUACACGUAUUUCAUGACUUUGUGGUAAUGUCUGAAGUUCUACCAUGAACUCUGUAACAUGUUUUGUGGAAAA